AUGAUCUCCGCCGUCAACCGCCCCACCGCCCUUGCGCGCGGCACCGCCCGCCCCCGCGCGGGCGUUGCUGCCGUGGGCCUUGGCGCUCGCCGUGUCGUCCGUGUGCAGGCGCUGCCCGAUCCCUCGCGGAGCGACGAGGCUUUUGGUGAGGGCAAGACUAAGGACCUGACUGAUGUCAAGCCGCCGGCUUCCGUCAAGGACAUCGGCCCUGCUGUCCGCGAGGCCGCCCCCGUGAUGGCGCCAGCCUUUGAGGCCCCCCUCCUGCUGCCCACUUUCAGCCGCCGCCGCGAGAUCUUCGCCGGCCGCCUCGCCAUCGUCGGCUUCGCCGCCGUCGCCGCGUGGGAGAUCCUGACCCCAAGCCACCCCGGCAUCCUGAACAUCACCUCCUCCCUCACCGGUUGGUCUCUGGCCACCACCAAGCUGGUGUACUCUGCGUUUAUCGGUCACGGUCUGCUGGGCCUGAUCUGGCCUGGCUCGCCCACCUACUCCAGGGCUAACAUCAACGACUACAACAAGCGCCCCGAGGGCCCCCCGACUGCGGCGGUGAACCCGUUCACCAACCCCCAGAGGUUCUUUGGCACCAGCUCCUUCUGGGGCUACACCAAGAAGAAUGAGCUGUUCGUGGGCCGUAUGUCCAUGAUUGGCUUCUUCAUGGGCCUUGUCAACGAGAUGCAGAGCGGCCUGGGUCCCAUCGGUCAGGUGUCAUGGUGGCUGGGCAACAACUCACCCACCGAUGAGUUCUACAGCAAGGCUGCUAUGGCCAUCCUGGGCUUUGCUGCCCUGGUCACCAUCAUCGGCUAUGGCUCAGGCCGUGCCGGUACUGUUGAGGGUGAGGAGGAGAUCUUCUAA